CUUCGGCCUCUCGUUCCGCGUCUUCCCUCGGGGCUGGGCAAUAGCUUCUGUCGUCUUCUCUAUCAUCCCAUCUGUUGUUUUCUCCCGUCCUCGAAGGAUAAUGAGGGCGCCGUAGUCGUGUACAUACACCGCCUGCACAACGAACUAACCCGUCCAUCCAUACCGACCCGCCCUUAUUCGUCUCCCAUUGAACAACCCCCCGACGUCACUCGUACGGGGUCCAUUUCCAUUCCCAAGACUGUUUUGGAGAAACUCGACUGCUGCGCCAAUUCCUGCAGCCCGUCGCCAUGUCUUACAUGAAGAAAGAUGAGGAUGCCGACCAGACUAUGAUCAAGCUGGAUCGGACCUCCGUAUUCCAAGAUGCACGACUGUUCAAUUCCUCUCCUAUCUCGCCACGAACAUGCCGCACUCUCCUGACCAAGAUCGCCGUCCUCCUUUUCACCGGGGAGCAGUUCCCCACGAAUGAGGCCACCACGCUGUUCUUCGGCAUCUCCAAGCUCUUCCAGAACAAGGACCCCUCCCUGCGCCAAAUGGUCUACCUGAUCCUGAAGGAGCUUGCGAACACGGCGGAGGAUGUGAUCAUGUCGACCAGUAUCAUCAUGAAGGACACCGCGGUCGGCAGCGACGUUCUUUACCGGGCCAAUGCCAUCCGCGCUCUGUGCCGCAUCAUUGAUGCUACUACGGUUCAAGGUAUCGAGAGAUUGAUCAAGACUGCGAUUGUCGACAAGACCCCAUCGGUUUCCUCCGCCGCCCUAGUCUCCUCCUACCACCUUCUCCCGAUUGCGCGCGAUGUGGUUCGCAGAUGGCAGAGUGAGACUCAAGAAGCUGCCUCGGGCGGCAAACAAUCAACCGGUUUCCUUGGAUUCGGUGGCAGUUCCCAGGCCCAUGCCAUCUCGCAGUCGAACUUCAUGACCCAGUACCACGCGAUUGGUCUCCUGUACCAGAUGCGCUCUCAUGACCGCAUGGCACUUGUGAAGAUGGUCCAGCAGUAUGGCACGGCCGGUGUGAUCAAGAGCCCCGCGGCGCUCGUCCUUCUAGUGCGGUUGGCGGCGAAGUUGGCGCAGGAAGAUCAGGGCUUGAGGAAGCCUAUGAUGCAGAUGCUUGAUGGCUGGCUCCGACACAAGCACGAGAUGGUCAACUUCGAGGCGGCCAAGGCUAUUUGCGAUAUGAGGGAUGUCAGCGAUGCGGAAGCCUCCCAGGCGGUCCACGUCCUGCAACUGUUCCUGUCCUCGCCCCGCUCGAUCACCAAGUUUGCCGCGAUUCGCAUCCUCCACAACUUCGCAAGCUUCAAGCCCCAUGUGGUGAAUGCCUGCAACCCCGACAUCGAGGCGCUGAUCUCCAAUACCAACCGUUCCAUUGCAACAUUCGCGAUCACCACUCUCCUGAAGACGGGUAACGAGGCCAGCGUCGACCGCCUGAUGAAGCAGAUCUCUGGCUUCAUGGCUGAUAUUACGGAUGAAUUCAAGAUCACGAUUGUCGAGGCUAUUCGCACGCUCUGCCUCAAGUUCCCUAGCAAACAGGCCGGCAUGCUAUCAUUUUUGAGCGGUAUCCUGAGGGAUGAGGGUGGCUACGAGUUCAAGCGCAGUGUUGUUGAGAGCAUGUUCGAUCUCAUCAAGUUCGUUCCUGAGAGCAAGGAAGAUGCCCUCGCACAUCUGUGUGAGUUCAUCGAGGACUGCGAGUUCACCAAGCUGUCCGUCAGGGUAUUGCACCUGCUUGGUGUGGAGGGCCCCAAGACGUCACACCCGACCAAGUUUAUCCGUUAUAUCUAUAACCGAGUCGUUCUGGAGAACGCUAUUGUUCGGGCUGCCGCUGUCACGGCCUUGGCCAAGUUUGGUGUUGGGCAGAAGGAUCCGGAAGUCAAGUCGAGCGUGUCCGUUCUUCUCACCCGGUGCCUUGAUGACACCGAUGACGAAGUCCGUGAUCGUGCUGCUCUCAACCUCCGGUUGAUGAGCGAGGAGGACGAGACCGCAACCCGGUUUAUCAGCAACGACUCGAUGUACUCCCUCUCCACAUUUGAGCACCAACUCGUCAUGUAUGUGACGUCGAACGACAAGGAAACAUUCGCUACGGCAUUUGACGUUGCCACUAUCCCGGUUGUUUCACAAGAGCAGGCGUUGGCUGAGGAGCGGACCAAGAAGCUUACGAGUGCAACCCCUACGCUCAAGGCACCAUCCACCGGUCCUCCCAAGGGCAAGGCCAACGGUGUCGCCGAAGCCGUCACGGUGGCUACUACCCAGAAGUACGCUGAGCAGCUUAUGCAAAUCCCAGAACUCAAGGAAUACGGCACGCUACUCAAGUCCUCUGCUCCUGUUGAACUCACCGAGAGCGAGACCGAGUAUGUCGUUACGGCUGUUAAGCACAUCUUCAAGGAGCACAUUGUCCUGCAGUACGACAUCAAGAACACCCUCCCGGACACUGUUCUAGAGGACGUGACUAUGGUUGCGACGCCGUCAGAAGAGGAUGUCUUGGAGGAGGAAUUCACUGUUCCUGCCCCCAAGCUGGCUACAAACGAGCCUGGUAUUGUCUACGUCACGUUCAAGAAGCUUGGCGGCGAGCACAGCGUUCCCGUCUCAUCCUUCACGAACAACCUCAAGUUCACCAGCAAGGAAAUCGACCCGACCACCGGGGAGCCCGAAGACAGCGGAUACGAGGACGAGUACCAAGUCGAAGACCUGGACCUCUCAGGCAGCGACUACGUCAUUCCCACUUUUGCUGGCAGCUUCGACCACGUGUGGGAGCAGACGGGUGCGAACGGCGAGGAAGUCAGCGAGACUCUCCAACUCAGCAACAUGAAGGGCAUCGCAGAUGCCACCGAACAACUCAUCUCCGCGCUCUCCCUCCAGCCUCUCGAAGGUACCGACGUAGCGCUCAGCAACAGCACGCAUACCCUGAAGCUGUUCGGAAAGACGGUGACAGGCGGCCGGGUUGCGGCCCUGAUCAAGAUGGCCUUCUCCAGCAAGUCCGGCGUCACGACGAAGAUCGUCGUCCGCGCGGAGGAAGAAGACGUCGCCCCUGCCGUCAUCGCGUCCCUGACCUAGGGUCCUGGAACUGUAAAUGUGUAAUGGAGGCAUGUUUGCGAGGUGCACCAGUCCCUGCUGCAAUUAUGAGAUCGGACUUCUUUUUUAUCCCUGUUCCUGCUUUCCCCAUUUUUUUCUUCCUCAUCUAUAAUCCUGGUGCCGAGUUAGAUGCGAUGAAUAUUUUGUGUAGGCGUCAUACUUCUUAUUCAUUGAAACUCUUUUUCAUUUUCUUGCCGCUCCCAGCUGAUGUAUCUUCCUUCUCUUCUUACCCCACCCCCCCUUCUUCGUUGUUCGAAAUCCUCUUUCUUCACUUUUUUUUUCUUCUUUAUCAUGUUAGCAUGUUUUGGUUUCUCUUCCAGUCUCCUCUGUUCAUCUUGUCCAGGUGGCCAGGUGGCCGGGCGGAAGGGGGCUGGAACCAUUAUGUAGUCUUGUCUUGUCUUCUCCCGUCAAAAGCGUCCAUAUAUCUACAUAACUUCUUAGAGAC